CCGUCUGUCCGGUCAUCAGGUCUCGGCAGUGCAGUGGCGCUCCAGUCAGAUUCAAGAGGUCGCGCGCGCACCUACGGAUUACAAAAUAAUAUCAAUAAUUAUUACUAUUAUUACCAUUAUUAAUUUAACACAUCGGCGCCCGCACGAGCACGCGCACACGUAUCGCCCGGUAAAUUCGAUUUCGUUUUAAGAUAAUAACAAUAAUAUUGUACUAUAUAAGAAACACACGGRUGCUACGGGUGAUGUAAAAUCGACGAUAAACCUAAACAGCAGCCGUACCUGCCCGCCAAGUACAGUCAUCAACCACUGCACUGCAAUAGUUUUGAGACGAUUUUCCGCAUUUUCGUCUCCACGCGACCACCAUCUCCUGUGCAGACUUCGAGCGCCUUGACCAGCAGACCAUCGAACCAAUGCAACGAGCAAGUGAUGCACCCGAAUCGCUUUUGUAAUUGUUGUCGCUGUCGCUGGACGGCGGUCAGACUGUAAGUCACACAUACGCUUAUAGUGGCGCCGUUUCACGUUAGUACACGAACGUACGAACGGACAAGUGUGAACGCGGGUUGGACAGCAAGGCGGACCGCAUUACACACGCGUUGCACAUGAUGAUGAUGACCAACUGUCUGCAGCAGAGCGUGUGUGCAGAAGCGGCGGCCAUGCAGGCGAUGGAACUGCACCGCCGAAACAGCCUGGGUGGGGGUGAAAAGUCUGGUCGCGACGACGGUUCGACUACCGAAUACAACGACGACCGAGUGCAGCCCACUUCCGGCGGCCGUUUGAACGGUUCAGCCGAGCGUCCGUUGAAGUUCAGCAUAGACAACAUAUUGCGACCGGAAUUCGGCGGUGGCACCGGAAGCUUAGCCACGUCCGGUGGCAGUCCUCCGACGGUGUUCAAACCGUACGACCACCAUCACAGAUACUACCAUCCCCAUCAUCACCAUCUCCAACAACAACAACAACACCUCAACCACAUCGACCGUCUGAACCACCUAAACUAUCAACUUCACCAUCUCAGCCAGCUCAGUCACAAUACCGCGGCCGCUGUCAGUGCUAACACAGCGGUCCGCGCGGCAGCGACGGUUAUCAAUGCCGUAGCCGGUCCGGCGUCGUCGGAUCACGAAAAAUCCAUCAGCAGCAGACGGUCUUCGUCGUCUUCCACCGCCGAACCGCUGAGUUCGCCCAUCGAUCUGUCGUGUUCCGACUCGCAGACGUGUGUCAACCCAGCCGCGACAAYUAACUCAACAACCGUCAGCACCACCACCGCCAACUCCACUAACGCCACUAGUUCCGCAGACUUGGCGGUCGCCGACAAAGAUGGCUCUCAACAAUGGCCAGCCUGGGUGUACUGCACAAGAUACUCGGAUCGCCCUUCUUCCGGUAAGUGUUUUUUCUAG